CCACGCGCACCCUCCACCGACCCCCACGAAAAAGCACUCUAUGUACCCUCAUUUCACACACCAACUUUAUAUAUAUAACCGCUAAGCUUUAAAAAAACAAUAACCAAAGUGAUUGAAAUCUACCAAACUCUAAUAAUCCCCCCAAAAAAUGGGAUUACAAAAUCAAUUAACGGAUGUUUCUACUGAAUCAAUCCCAAUCUUACUAGUUACCCUUCUUAUUAAUUGCUUAGGCAAUCUCCGUUCCUUCAUUUUCUCUUUCAGUCAAUUCUUCGUCAUGUCGACUUCUCAAAUGAAUCAUCAUCCUCCAGUUCAUCGAGAAGACGUUCUAUAUGAAACAGUGGGUUCCGGUCUAGCCGGGAUGGUUAUGCUAGCCGAGCAGCUCAAUUUGAACCGGAUGUUUUCAUAUGCUUUCGAUGAUCAAGGUGAUGAUGAAGCAUCCGGUUCGAGCUGCGUUGUUUGCUUGAGUAGGUUUGGUGAUGGUGAACAUGUAAGGAAAUUGAGUUGUAAACAUAUUUUUCAUAAAGAAUGUUUUGAUGGAUGGUUAGAUACUUUCAAUUUUAUUUGUCCAAUCUGUCGAUCGCCUUUAGUUUCCGACGAGCGCGUGGACAUCACGCGAAGGCGCGUUGUGUGGGAUGUGCUUGAUUGGUUUUCUUUAAGAUGAAUUUACAUGGCUGGCGAUGAUGAUGAUGAUGAUGAUGAAGGAUUUCUGAUGAGGUUUUCAUUUUAUUUUACUUAUAAAAAUGUUUUUUUGGUUUUUUGAUACAGUAGUUUUUUGGAAAUUAUUUUCCAGUUUUUGAAGAGCUUUAUUUAUGUGAAGUUCUUUUUCACUACUGUAAAAAAGAAAGGUUCUUUUUUUGGGGGCUUGUCUGUUCGUAGUUUUCGACGGGACUAAUAUUUUGCAAAUUUCCUUUUCCCGAUUA